AUGCCUCCCAAGAAGAAGGGUCGAGGUGGUGCACAAACCGCCGCAUCUUCCACGCCCACGCCCGCCCGAAACGAAGAUGCAAUGGACAUCGAUUCGCCUCCAAAAGACGAGGCGGCGUCGUCAAAGAAAGCCCCGGACAUUGACCCAAUUGCCCAGGAAUACAAUGACAGCUGGACAGACGACCAGGUCGCAUCGCUAUUCAAGGCCGUCAUACGCUGGAAGCCGGCAGGCAUGCACAAGCACUUCCGCAUGAUUGCCAUCUCCGAGCACCUCCGGAACCACGGCUUCGAUCCCGACCAGUACAAGCACACCCGGAUCCCCUACAUAUGGCAGAAGCUUCGGACAUACUACAACCUGGAGAUUAUUGACGAGCGGGAGAACUUCGACGACGAUGAGCCCGAGGAUAGAUAUGUCGAGUUCUCCCUGCCGCGCGCCGACUACUUCGACCUCAUGAUGCUGCGUGCCAAAGCAGACCCCAGCGAAACACCGUCGUCGCCGCCGGAACUUGACCUCGAGGCUCCUGGUCCUUCGUCGUCACCCCCACCGAAGAAGAGAGCGCGCAGAGAAGCUCCGUCGCGGACCAGAGGGGCUUCCCGAGAGGACACGGAAGAAGCCACAGAUGCCCCCUCGCCUGCUGGGCGCUCUACGAGGGGCUCGAGGGGUCGCACAAGGGCAGCUAGCCAGGCCAAAACUGAGAAGGCUGAAAAGGUUGAAAAGGCCGACAAGGCCGACAAGGCUGACAAGGCUGACAAGGCCGAGACUACUGAGGAAGAAGAGGAAGAGGAAGAGGAUGGGGAGGAGGAAGAAGAGGAUGACGAUGACGAGAGCGAAUCGAGAAGCGAAGAUGAGAGCGAAGAAGAGAAGGGCGCGACCACAAAGCCACCGAAAUCUGGAAGGGGAGGAUCAAGGGGUCGAGCUCGAACUAGAGGAAGAACGAGGAGAGUUGGGAGGUAG